AUGGCAUCUAUAGGCAAGAGAGGUGACACAAGAAUAGUAAAAUUCUUUGAAAAAAUCAGAUAUUUUCACUGUAACAGAUACGAAACGCGUAAAGCAAAGUUUAUUGAAAUAAUAGAAAAUGGUUCUCUUCCGGGAGAUGUCGUCUGCUUGCAAGAGGUUUGGGAAGCAGACGAUCUUAGAGAAAUAAUCUCCAAGACACAGGCAGAUUUUCCAUUUUCCGUCAGCGCCCUGCAUCAGACUAUAGACGGCGACACUGUCUUCCCCACUGCUAAUCCUUUAGUACCUGCUUGUACCCUUGCUGAGGUGAAUGCAGUAUCCCAGUGUUUUUUGAACAAUUGUGUCGCGAACAAUGCGCCAGACAAGUUUUUGUGUUUCGUUGGGAACUGCACAGCAGAGUACCAGGCGCUCUCCCAGGUCUGUUUAGCUUGCCUUUUGGCACGGCAAACUCAAAAUGUUAAAGAAUUGCUGAAUGCUUUCAGUCGAACUGAGCUUUGUGCUACAACCCCUUACGAGAUGACCUAUGGCCUAGUGAUACUCAGCAAACGACCGAUAGAUGACACUAGUUUCGUAGACUACCACGAUGGAUAUUCAGUGAGUGUGCCGCGCGGGUAUCUUCGCGCCAAGGUUGGUGGUGUCCACGUGUUCUGUACUCACACAACCCCUGUUCUGACGGAUAUUUACUUAGAUGGUAAGUAG